GCCCCACUUUGUCUGCUUACUGUACAGAAAUUUUUCCUAAAUCAGCGACGAAAGAUUUGAUAUUCUUCCUUUGUCCAAUUUCUGAGUCUUGAUUGCUAUCAGGAGGCUCAAACCUUGAACUAUAUACCAGGGCUUGCCGACUCUACCGUGAUUAUGGCUGCCACGCAUUCCCAACCGAAUGUGGCGGAUGAGCAUGAGGCCCAGUCUGUGGUUGAGUCAACUCAACCCAGCACUCGUCGAUCGAUUUUUCGAUCAAUCCCAUUCCAGAUUGCUAUUGCUAGUGGUGUAUCUUUCACCGCUCCCGGUAUGUGGGAUGCCUUGAACAAUCUGGGUGCUGGUGGCGCCGCAGAGCCCUACGCUGUGUCUGCAGCAAAUGCCUUGGUCUAUGGUCUUUUUGCAAUCGUCUGUGUCGCGGCCGGUGCCAUCAACAACCGUAUUGGUCUCCGUUAUGGAUUAACACUUGGAGCGAUCGGCUACCCCAUCUACGGUGCUGGUCUUUACACCAACAACACCUCGGCAAACACGUGGUUCAUGCUCUUCGGUAGUGCCUUAUGUGGUAUUUCUGCUGGAUUCUUCUGGGCUGCCGAGGCUGCCAUUAUCAUUGGAUACCCUAGCCCCCACGAGCGCGCAUUCUACCUUGCUAUCUGGCAAACCGCAAAGGCCGCAGGACCCAUUGUAGGAGGUGCAAUCAACUUAGGCCUCAACGCACAGACUUCGACUACCGGAUCCGUCAGUUCUAGCACUUACAUUGUGUUUAUUGUCAUAAUGUGCCUUGGAUUCCCCAUUGCGCUGCUUCUCAGCCCCGCUGAGAAGGUGCAGCGUAAGGACCGAACCCUGGUUGUUGUGCACAAGCAGGCCUCUUGGGCUGCCGAGUUCAAGGCUGCAAUCUCUUUGAUUGCUACUCGCCGCGUCCUCCUCCUCCUCCCGUCCUUCUUCAUCAGCUACUUCUAUAACGGCUUCCUCAGCACAUGGCUCACUACCUACUUCACCGUCCGAGCUCGCGCUUUCUCCUCCUUCUUCACCAAUUUCGCCGGUAUUGCGUCCUCGUUCAUCAUCGCUGGACUCCUCGAUCGUCAGGGUAUUCACAUCAAGACCCGCGCCAAGAUCGCCUUUAUCUCUAUCGUUGUCAUUCUCACCGGCACCUGGAUCUGGGCUUCAAUCCUUCAGAACCAGUUCUACAGUGCCCCCGAGUCCCCCGUGUUCGAUUGGUUCACCGGCGGCUUCGGAAAAUCUUACGCUCUCGUCUUCUUCUGGACUUUUGGCGGCCAGGCAUUUCAACAAUUCCUGUACUGGCUUAUCGGUCAAUAUAGCACCGAUAUUUCGUCUUUGUCCUACCACUGCGGUAUUCUCCGUGGAUUCGAGGCUCUGGGUCAAACUGUUGCUUGGGCGAUGCAGUCUGAAGGUGGUGCCAACCACUUUGUCAGCAUCGGUCUCAACUUUGGAAUCACGCUUAUUGCUGUUGUUCCAACCUGGAUCGUCCUGUCCGAGCUUGAGCACAGCCACGAGGUUCAAGUGACGGCCGAGGAUAUCCCGUCCAAGAUCCAGGAUGAGACUCAGGCCGAAAUGGCUGUUUAAAAAGCGGAUUUUUGCAUCACUGCAUACUACAUACAUACACUCCGUACUAGUUCCCGAGGACCGACUUCGGUACGCUAUCCCCGGUUCCAGAUCUGCAUUAGCCCGAGGACUAGGGUCCUGCAUCCUGCACACCGUCGGCCGUGCAAAUGGCUAAAUCUUAAUGUGCUGUUAAAUGCAGGGCCUCGAGAUGAUCAGCAUCUUUCCUGUUUGAUGCUAGUGCUUUUCUCGAUUUGGUACUCUGUGCUUACUGCGCCAAGAAUCUGACAGUUCUUUCAAUGUGUAUUUUGUACGAUUAUUUUGCGUCUUGUAUAAUUCAAAUAUCUAUUCCCCGUCUAAUACUGCAAUGCUGCAGAAGCAGACCCUUGGGGAUCCAAAUGAUAAUCGGCAUGCUAUGUGAUAUACUUGAAAUACGAGAGACAUCAUGAUACCC